AUUGAUUAUCGGGGUUUGAACCGGGUCACUGUGAAGAACAAGUAUCCUCUUCCUAGGAUCGAUGAGUUGUUGGAUCAGUUGAGGGGUGCUACUUGGUUCUCCAAGGUAGAUCUGGCGUCGGGUUAUCAUCAGAUACCGAUAGAUGAGGCAGAUGUGAGGAAGACUGCUUUCAGGACGAGAUAUGGGCACUAUGAGUUUGUGGUGAUGCCCUUCGGAUUGACUAACGCGCCAGCAGCGUUUAUGAGAUUGAUGAACAGUGUGUUUCAGGAGUUUCUGGAUGUAUCUGUCAUCAUUUUCAUCGACGAUAUCCUGGUUUAUUCUAAGAGUCCUGAGGAGCAUGCAGUGCAUUUGAGGGCAGUUAUGGAGAAGCUGCGGGAGCAGAAGUUGUUUGCCAAG